AUGUCAAUUCUUCACCUUCAAAUCGGUCAACAGCAGAAAAAUAUUCCAAAUAUAUCUCAGGAAAAUCCCGGACAUAAUAAUUCCAUCAAUAAUUCUGAGCUUACAAAAAGUCAUUCAGAAACCGUGACAAAAUGUCAUGAUCAGAAUAGUGUUCUUGAUGACCCUAAUGAUGAUAUACUUGAAUCGGAAAAUCAAAUAGUAGAGGGUUUGGUGCAGGAGCUGACCUCUGAAUUCAGCUUUGCAUCUGGCAAUGAAUCUUUGAAUGAAGGCGAGCUUAAAAACCAAUACGAUAAUCCACGAGAAAAAGCAUAUUACGCCUUAAUGAGAGAACUCUUUAGUAUGAAGGCAUUUCGUAAUGCAUCCAUUCAAGAUGAACAAGCAGAAUAUUAUAAAAAUAAAAUUGAUAAUCGCAUAGCCGACUUCAUCAUUCAAAUGGGGAAAGAUUUGCUUAAUGAUGCCGAAAAUAAAGGUCCUAAAACUCGUGAACAAAUAAUCAUUUUCUAA